AUGUAUAACCACGGCCGUUUCCACGCCUAUCAUCCCGGGACCAACCCCGGGUUCAGCUAUGGUAGUUCCGGCGCCUACGGGGGUUACGGAUAUGGCAACUAUGGAAGUAACCAAAGUUACAGAAGGGUGUACGGAGGAUAUAACGGAGAGCUCCUUACAUCUACCAACGUAAUCAAACCAGCAAGCAAAGCCAUGGGUAACUCGCAAUCCCACCCAAACUACCAAUAUCCAGUUUACUCACGUACACAAAACAACCGCAACCCGCGCCACCGCCACACUUACCAGGGUGAUAGGUUGAGCGCGAGGAACAUCGGCUACGUGCCGGAGGCGCAUUUUAAUUAUGAUGCAGGGGAUUGGACGGGCUGGGGCGCUGAUAGGUGGCGUGCAAAGAGGGAGCAGAGGGGAGAUAGGUGGAGGAGGGAAGGGUGGUGA